AUGUUCAAACAUCCCUGCACUUUUCAUCCUCAUCGAUCCUGUCCGCCAUCAUCUCAGAAUAGCUUCACUUCUCGAAAGACUCCAAACCCCACUCACGCUAUAACAUACCAGAAACAAUCGGGUAUAUCUACUUCCUCAGCUUAUAUUUCGAACCGUCUCGUCUCCGAACUCGUUCUUCGUUAUUUCUAUUUCGACAGCAGAUCGCCAGUAGCGACUACGAAGACAGAGCAGCCGAAGGCGGUCGUCAAAGCUGCAGAUAUGUCGGAGAAAUUGCAACAAGCGGCCGUCGAUAUCGCCUCAGACGCCCUGGAGAAAUGGAACAUCGAAAAAGACAUUGCUGCGUUCAUCAAACGGGAGUUCGAUCAACGACAUGGUGGAACAUGGCAUGUCGUUGUCGGCCGGAAUUUCGGCAGUUAUGUCACUCAUGAAACCGGGCAUUUUAUUUACUUUUAUAUGGGUCAGAUAGCCAUUCUAUUGUUCAAAAGUGGAAAUUGA